GUUUUAUAAACAUAUAAACAUAUCAAACCUGAACGUGGUCGCAUCAGAAGUCAACUCACUUUCUGUUUUGUCCGGUUCAGGCUGAGUGAUGGACUUCCUCGGGUCGAUGGAGGUGGCGGCGCUCGGUCGGCCUUUCUCCCUGGGGAUGCUGUACGACUGUCGCAAAGAUCUACUAGUGCCCGGAAUGACAUUGUGGGACCGGGAGGACCUGAAAAAAGAUAUUGGAGAAAGACCACAGAACUCUAAUGAUUUUGAGAUAGUUGCAUCUGACUCAAUCGAGGAUAAAUCUUCAGCACUAAAUGUUGAAGCUUCUCUGAAAGCAAGUUUCUUGGGUGGACUGGUUGAGGUGGGGGGAUCGGCCAAAUACCUGAAUGAUCACAAGACAUCCAAAAAUCAGGCCAGAGUAACACUGAAGUACAAAGCUACCACAAAUGUCCAGGAACUGUCCAUGAACCAUCUCGGAAGAGCCAACAUGAAACAUCCGGAAGUUUUUGACAAAGGAUUGGCAACACAUGUAGUCACAGCUAUUCUUUAUGGAGCACAAGCCUUCUUUGUGUUUGAUCGUGAGAUGUCAAAAGGAGAAGAUCAUCAGGACGUUCAAGGCAACUUGAAAGUGGUGAUCAAGAAGCUCCCAUGCAUCUCUAUAGAUGGAGAAGGUUCCCUGCACAUGGAAGACAAAGAGAAGGCAAAUGUUGAGAAGUUUUCUUGCAAGUUCCACGGAGACUUUUCUCUUGAAAAGAAUCCUGUGUCCUUUCAGGAUGCCGUACAGGUCUAUCAAAGCCUGCCAAAACUACUGGGAUCCAAUGGGGAAAAAGCAGUUCCAGUGAAAGUCUGGCUGUUGCCAUUGACAAGUUUAGAUUCUACUGCUGCUAAACUUGUUCGUCAGAUAAGUGUAGGACUAGUUCAGGAAGCACAGACAGUCCUGGAGGACUUCAGUGAGCUGGAAAUGAGGUGCAACGAUGCCAUGAGAACAACAACAGCACAGCAGUUUCCUCAGAUUGGCAAAAAACUUAAAAGUUUUAAAGAAAUGUGCUCUGUGUUCAAACUAGAAUUCCAACGAACUUUAUCAUUGAAACUUCCAUCUAUACGAGGAGGAGGUGAAGAGGAGGCUGUGCUUGCAGAGAUACUGAUGAAGAGACACUCAUCUCCGUUCAACAGCAAAAACCUGACUGAGUGGAUGGACUGUAAAGAGAGAGAAAUCUACGUCUUAAGAUCUUACAUCAACAUAAUGAAAAACACAAGGACCAUCUCAUCGCAGAAUGGUCUACAUGAGGAGAUUCUCAGUGCAGAGCAGGUCCUGUGUUUUGUUUUCACCUCAGUGGGAGACGCUGAGUCGUUCCUCUCAGCCUCAUCAAACUAUUCACUAUCAGAACCAACCAAACCAGACGAGCCUCAAGGUCAGCAGCAGUGGUUCACCUCACAAGACAUUGCAAAUAAAAUGAGGAAACAAGCAAAGCUCUUCAGGGAUUUUGCAGAAGCCAACAAAGAGAACAAGAACAUAAAGUUCCUCAUGGUGGGUUUGACCAAUGAGACACAAAAAGGUUCCAGCAUCUACCUUUAUGAAGACGGCUUCUCCGUAAAUGAGAACUUUGAACCACCUUCAAAGCCGGAAAGUGUGAAAGCAAGUGACAUAAACCACAACAGUGUGACCCUGAAGAUCUCUCCACCCAGAUCUGGAACCGAGAACAUCACCUCCUACUCUGUUGAGUACUGUGUCCAUGGAGAGGCUGGAUGGCAACAGAAGACGGUGUCAAAGGAUGGAGACGUCACAGUGAGCGACCUGAGUCCUAACACAGAGUACGUGUUCAGAUGCAGAGCUGUCACCUCAGUAGGUGUUGGACCAGUCAACGAGGUCAGUGGAACCAUUAGAACUCGGCCCUGCAGCCCUCCUGGAGAACCUCGAGUUGAACCAAACUCAAGUGAGAUAACCGUUAGCUGGCAGAGACCUGCUGAGCUUGGACAAGAUGUCCACGUUCUGAGAUACAUCGUGGAGUACGCCCAAGCAGACAAAGUGAGGAAAGGAGAAGAUCUCCAGUGGAAACAAAAAAUGUCAGAAUCUGAAGAGGUGAUCAUAUCAGAGCUUCAGUCAGAGACAGAGUAUGUUGUCAGGGUCACAUGUGACUGUGGUGGAGCUGGCAGAAGCAAGGAAAGCAUCUCUGUGAACGUCUGCACAAAGAAUGUUAAACCUCUCACAGAGUUCCUCACUCAUACGAGCGUAAGAAUAAGUUCUGAGGCCCUGUCAGUUUACAAACUGCCUCCGACAGAAGACAACAUGGUCAUAGGAGGCUGCCGGAUGUUUAACUUUGGCAAAACAAGCAUGAAGAGAAAUCGCACCAUGAUUCUUUUUGGAGAGUCUGGAUCAGGAAAGUCCACUUUGAUAAAUGGAAUGAUCAACUACAUUGUAGGUGUAAAGUGGGACGACAAUUUCAGACUUAACUUCAUAGUCAAGGAUCAUUCAAGUUCAGAAGCUGAAAGCCAGACCCCUCAUGUCACUGUGUACAAACUGAACCAUCAGGAGGAGUUUAAAAUCCCCUUCUCUCUGACCAUUGUGGAUAUUCCAGGAGAUAUAGAAGACAUAGAAAAGGACAAGUUGAUCGUAGAGCAGCUUCGUGAUCUCUUCUCGGCUGAGGGUGGUGUCAGUGAAAUCGAUGCUGUGUGUUUCGUAGCUCUGGCUUCUUCAGCACGACUCACACCAACACAGAAAUUCUUGUUUGACUCAGUGCUCUCCAUCUUCGGCAAAGACGUGGCAGAAAACAUCCGGAUUCUGGUGACAUUUGUAGGCAGCCAACGUCCACCAGUUCUGGAGGCGAUCAACAAGGCGGAUGUCCCGUGUCCGAAAACCAAAGAAGGACUGCCGGUUCACUUCAAGUUCAAUAACUCAGCGUUGUUUGCCAAAAACAAAUUGUGUGCAGCAGAGAGCGCGAGUGGGGAAGAUGAUGAGGGAGACUUCGAUGAGAUGUUUUGGAACAUGGGGAUAAAAUGCAUGAAGAAGUUUUUCACUGCUUUGAAUGUGAUGACGACCAAAAGCUUGACGAUGACUAAGGACGUCCUCAGAGAAAGACAGCAGCUCGAGAUCUCAGUUCAGAGUUUGCAGAGGCAGGUUAAAAUUGGGUUAGACAAGCUGGAGGAGAUAAAAGGGACGACUACACAACUGAGAGAUCACGAGGCAGAGAUCAGCAGAAACAAGAAUUUUGUGGUCGAAGUCAAUAAGCGUAUUCCUGAUCGUGGUUCUGGAAUAAUAGGGAAAGUCAAGGAAGUCAAAGAAAAAAUACAAGUAAAAGAGAAGGAAGAAAAGUACCUGAAAGCCUCCGAGGCGGCGACGGCUGUGAAGUCACAGAUUGACAGACUGAAGGCUGAGUAUGACCUUGUGCAGGCUGAGGUGGUGAAAAUGAUGGGUAAAUCUGCCAAGUGUCUAAACAGACUUAAAAAGAUCGCUCUGAGGCCAAACCCUCUGUCCACUCCAGAGAACAUCAACCUGCUCAUAGAAGGAGAGAACGCUGAGGCCAAGUCCGGCUGGAAGAAACGAGUCCAGUGUCUGAUGGACAUGAGAGAACAAGCAGAGUUCAUGGCUAAAGUGGAAAGAGGAGAAAGAUUCCUCCAGAGUUCAUCCAGAGACUUCUAGUCUUUUCUUUAAGGUUUUCCUCUGAGGCGACUUCCAAACUUCCAUUUCAACCGAAACCUUCUCUGUCUACUAGUAUUUUGGCUUCAUAUCAUUUGAAUCCUCGUCCAACAUGUGAACAAGUAUCACCUGACCAUGCACGUACACAUGCCGCUGUUAACAGGAAGCAUUAGUUGUUAGUUGAGGUCAUGUGACAGGAACCUGACGAAUCAGAGAGAAAGAACCAAUCAUCAAGAGGUUGUGAGCGUCUACGUUAUCGUUUCCUAACAUCUGGGUUUCUGUCCAGAUGAACACGCAGCACCGGAGUUUCAAACUGAAACGGGACCGACAGUGUUUCCAAACUUCUCUGUUUUAACGUUUCUGCCUCUUUGCUUCAUGAUUCUUCAUCUGCUCGCUGAUUAAUUCAUAAGUUAGCAUUUAUUUUAAUUAUACAUCAAAAUACAACUUCCAGUCACAGCAUGACAGCGUGUUGUGUGGGAGUAAUGUUGCUCUGUGUCAAAGUAGAAAGCUGAGAGCUCACAUGACAGACAUGUCAACAAUGAGGUUCACUGGUGUGAUGUAGGUCAAAUCAUAUCUGUGUCUUUAUGUGUUUCAUGUCUGAAUUACAUGAUAAAACAAACAGUGGAACAAAUGUCAGUUUGCUUGGUUUGAACCUGUUUUUUACUCACCGCUGGUUUUAUCUUUGCUUGUAUUCUAUAACUUUUUAUGUUUGGAAACUUAAAGUUGAAGUUGUGUUAAUGUUUUUCAGUUUAUUCAAGUAUCUCUGACAGAAAUAUAUAAGUAAAUAAAUCCAAGUUGAACAACUGA